UUAGUUUCAAGCUUAGUUUUAUGAAUUCAAAAGGAGAUAGAAAAGUGAGGUGGUGCAAAGGCAGAAUCAUAUUUAUUUUCGAAUCGUCUUUCAAAGACCUUAGCGUAACAAAAUGGGGGUUGAAAAACCCGGUGAUGUAUGUAUGGAAGACAGUGUUAAGAAGAUGAGCAGGAUGGAUAAACCAGAUCCUCGGCUGCAAAUUAGAAAGCUUCCAUUCAGAAUUCUUCGUGAACUUUCACAACUGUUGGACAUCGAGGGAGACAAAGACUGGAAAGCUCUUGCAGCAGCACUGCCUGAUGGCAUGUUCUCAGGACCUCAGAUUAAAAGGCUAGAAGGUGUUUCAAAGGCUAGUAAAAGCCCUUCAACUGAGCUUUUGACAGAACUGGGUUACCAGCUCCUCACUGUGAAACAGCUAAUUGGCUACUUGACCAUCAUCAACCAUCAAGAGGCCCUGCUUCUUCUAAAGCAAAAUGAGGCAGUUAAAAUAACAAGACAGCCAACAUCUGUUUCUGAACAUGAAGGUGGAAGCAUUCGACUCAGAUGCAAUGCAAAGGGCUUUCCACUCCCAACUUACCAGUGGAUAAAGCUUGAUGAAGGUGAACUGGAUACUGGCAUUGACAAGGAAUUGAUUCUUGAAAAUGUUACUCCUGAAGAUAGUGGGAAAUACGUAUGCAGAGUGGCCAAUGAUGUAAAUGCAGUCAACUCAGACAUUGCCACUGUUCGAAUCAUCCCCAAAGAGGUGGAACCAAGAAGGGAACCAGAACGGUGGAUAGGAAACUGUGGAUUUGAUGGUUUGGUUUUGAACGAUACGCGGAACGAUGCACUCAAGCCGAUGGAUGUUUUCCCAGGCCAGCAUUUUGUUUUGUCUUGUGGCGUCGACAGUUUACCAGGCUUGGCCUAUUACUGGAUGAAAAACGGUCAGGAAAUGCCGGGAGAGAACGGGUGCAGGUUGAUAUUUGACCCAUUUAAACCGGAAGAUGUAGGCUUCUACUCAUGUAGAGUUGUUGGUCCCGAGGGCCACAUGCUUACGAAACUGAUGCAGUUGAGAGUUGGCGAUUUGUCGUGUACUGACAGGCAGUUUGCUAGCGGCAAAGUUGCCUUGAUCAUUGGAAAUCAAGCUUAUAGGAACAAGAAGUCUUCGCAAAUGGACCUUGUCCACCCGGCAGAUGAUGCCAAGGCACUUGCUGCUGUCCUCAGGGAAAUGGGUUACCGUGUUCUUUGUAUGGUCGACCUCGAUUUCGACGAGAUGACCAAAGCUAUCAAGGGAUUUUGUGAUCUGCUCAGUGUCUCCCCCAACAUGUACGGGCUGUUUUAUUUCGGUGGUCAUGGAUACGAAGAGAAUGGAAAAACCUUCCUUGUUCCAGUUGAUGCACCAACAAAUUGGGAUUCGGAGAACUGCGUUUGUGCCGACCAAGUUUUGUCGCUGAUGCAACGCUCGAAAACCAAGUUCAACAUGAUGGUGCUUGACGUUUGCCGCCUGCCUUCUGGAAACGACUCAGAGCAAAAAGCGGGAAAGUCAUUCGAUGCGGAGUUCAUUCCCGGAAGCCAAUGUGUCAUUGCUUACGCGACAUGUCCACAGUCACAAGCGUUUGAAAGACGGACUGAUGCCAAUGGCAUUUACAUGAAGCAUUUGCUGCAGCACAUAAGAAGCGAUUUGAGAGUCGAGCAAGUGCUUUUUAACGUUCACAAAGAUGUCUCGAAGGAUUCUUCGAGAAACGUUAUCACGAAAAUAAUGUCUCCCACGAUCAACUCAUCAGCCAUUGACAGUUUUAGCUUGUGUGACCCUGUAGUCUCAGACCUAGAAAAAGAUCCUACUGAGCAAUGGUUCAAGCAUCAUAGACUACCUGCUUCGCGGAUUUUGGAAUUUGAAAAUGACAUCAAAGUUCAGCUCAGUUUUGAAUCCGUCUGCUCAAACAUUUGCAAUCUGGUUCUGCAUGUGGUUGAUGUUGGGCGGUCGUUUGAGUGUGAUGUCAAACUCCUUGAAAUCUCAAAGCCAUUGCAGAUCGAAGAACGCUACAUGAAUUACAAAACUCCAAUUAUGCUGGACGCUGUGCCGCGAAGCAACCCUGAUUCUGCGCAGCAGCCGAGAAGAGCUCUUCUGUACGAGCUAAGAACAACUUUGCCGAAUUUGCAAAAGUUGACGGGCAACGUUGCAGUGACAUUGGAAGCCGCCUAUGUUAACAUGGACAACAAAGAGCAAAAGACAAAUAAAUGUUUGAUAAUUAACAUGUCGGAAUUUGGAAUAACGUCGCUGUUCAAAUAGAGGCCGCCGGGUUACACAGAGUAUCACCCUCCUGAGACUCUGGCCUACGGUUUAUGCAGUGCAUUUCAAAUAUCAAUUAUUUCGUGUAAACAUUAGUUUUAGUGUAUAAUUAUUUUAAUAUUACUUCAAACAUAUUACUGCACUUAAAAUUUGUUAAAUCCAUACAUAAUCGAAGUGAAAACAAGCUGUGACUCUAAACCCAACCCGAAGCACAUCCUCAACUAUCGGAAACAUGUUCGGCCAUAGAGCAAGGCGCGUGAUUUAAAUUUUACAGCCACAACCAUGUUCAACAUGGCAAAUCUGCUUUAUAAAUCUUCGAUUUUCCAGCCGUUUGAAAAAUUUUUUAGAGAAUAAGUUGAGAAAUAAACUGUAUCCUAUAUAGGGCUUUCUUGCCACUAAAAUCCUUCACAGUUCCACGAUUCCAUAACGAAGAAACCGAUUUAAGUAAGACAUACAUUAACUCCAGAAAUAUUUUGAUUGGCAACUGCGAAACGAGUAAGUAACUGGCAGGAUAAAAAAUGUCGGCAGCAAGAAAGGCUUGGAGUUGUCUAGCUCUAGGUAAAAGGGUGGGAGCAGAAUACAGAAAGAUUUGGAUAAAAGAGACUACAAAAGUCAGCCAGAGAUCUGAAAGUAAAAAUACACGACCGUUGUAAAAGAAAUAUCCUUCCAAUGUAUAAAUUUAUAACUAGCAAUAUUGCACAAAACCCUUGACCUUUAGAUGAUUCGUUUAAGAUUCAACACAUUCUUUCUCAAUUCCUUUUGGUUUACUUUUGUUUCGCGAUCAAGGCCAGUGUAGCCAAAUUUGAUUUGAAAGCACUUCCACUUUUCACUGAAACAAAAUCGAAAGACAAGUCAAUCAACAGUUUUCUAACUCACAUAAUUUACAAUAUCAUAUCAUAGAAACAUCAACACAACUGCAACUUAACCUGCAAGGGCUCCAAAAGCUGAUUUUCCACUUUUCUAAGAUUUUGCACUCGUGUACUUGACAAAUCAAGGCAGUCGGUAGUGCAAUUGUUGCUGGCUUGUUUUCAUAUCACAGCCAGGUAGUGUGGUAGUCAAAGUCUAAUUAAAACCGUUAAAAAGGCCAUUUCAAUAAGAAAAAAGGCAAACAAGCCGAACCCAGACUUACCCCUCGAACCCUGGAGGAGCAACCGACUUGUUUAGUAGUUGAUUCUUUUAAAUUUCAAAUGUCGAAGCUUUUAACCCACAUAAAAAUGCAUGGCUGCUUAAUCUGUACAAUUGCGUUAGAAAGUAAUACUUGUUAAUACAUAGGAAAGAAGCAAGGUCUCACACAAUAUCGCCAAUGAAUAAUCGAAGCCUUUAGGGGAUGCAUUCUAUGAAUCAAUGCUUUCGUCUAUAUCGACUUUAGAAAUACUUAAUAAGUAUGCUAUAUUACCAGUAUUUCCUUUAACUUUGAAUUCGUCAUCGUGUAGCAUUCUCUUCGAGUUAUCCUGUUUUGUAAAUAAAAAUUGAAUUUUAAUACAGAA